GCCACUCCGAGGUCCCUCAGUUGUGUAGCGGCUUUGAUAUCGGGAACUUUUUCACGGCUACAUUGGCCUUUUGUGUAUCUAUCUAUGGUGGAGUCAAUGGUGCCAUUGUGGAGUGAUAGGUGAUAAGGUGCAAUGCCCACGGACUUAAUGUUUAAUAAGGGCAAUAAGGGCAAAGGCCAGCGGGCCACUGACUUUUCGAUUGCGGCCAUUAUGGCCAAAGACUCAAAUGCGUCGGAUACUUUUAUAUGUGCCGAACGAGAACAUUACGGAGAUGAAGAUUCAACAUACGAAAAUAAACGUGAGUAUCCAGAAGACGACAAUGUGGAUAUUGAUGUGGAGGAAUGUUCCGAUGUGGAAUCAUCACGACCAACCGAUAUUAAAAGCCGGGAACGUUCACCGACCGAGUCCGAUUGUGGAUCAGAACCUGCUGAUCUGGAUCAGGAACCAGCCGACAUUGCGCCGGUAGCAUCUCCUGUGCCCAAAAAAUCAAAGAUUCUUUGCAACUGUGAAGAACUUCUAGCCGUCGAUUGUAACUUAGAAACCAAAGAGUUGUGGGAUAAAUUUCACGAUUUGGGCACCGAAAUGAUAAUCACCAAGACUGGACGCCGAAUGUUUCCCACUGUACGAGUAUCCUUCAUCGGACUUCGACCAGAAGCUAAAUACGCAGUACUCCUAGAUAUAACUCCUGUAGAUAACAAGAGAUAUCGAUACGCAUAUCAUCGAUCAUCGUGGCUUGUGGCAGGAAAAGCGGAUCCUCCUGCUCCCUCUCGAAUAUACGCCCACCCCGACACUCCCUUCUCGGGGGAGCAAUUACGCAAGCAAGUUGUGUCAUUCGAAAAAGUCAAGCUGACCAAUAACGAAAUGGAUAAAAAUGGACAGAUUGUAUUGAACUCAAUGCAUCGGUACCAGCCCAGAAUCCACCUAGUCAAAUGCCAGGACAAUUUUCGACCAAUUUCUGAUCUGGAUCAGGAAAAGUGCCGAACGUUCGUGUUUCCUGAGACAGUGUUCACUGCAGUGACCGCCUACCAGAACCAAUUGAUCACUAAAUUGAAGAUCGAUUCGAAUCCCUUUGCGAAAGGUUUCCGAGACAGUUCUAGAUUGACGGACUUCGACAGGGAACCCAUCGAGAGCAUUCUAAUGGACCAACACUUGCUCCACUCGUCCUUUCGACUCUACGCGAAAGACAGCAUGGAUAUUGACAGGAAUAACAGCGGCUUCUUCUCGGCAUUGGAAAAAGCUCGCGCUCAAUACCAAAGUUGGAAUCGACCUAUUGCGAUUUCCGCGUACAAUCCGACCGAACUGAACGCUUUCCUCAUGAGCACCUCGAAUCAGCAGAUGCUACUGGGACAACGAUCUCCCAGUCAUUUGGGACUCACAAAUCACUUCUUCAACCCCAUUGCUGGUUCGUGGGUCAGUUCCGGGCAUCCAGCCCUUCCUCCAAACCUGAUGGCCUGUAGGCCGCAUUCAGAAACCAGGCCGGAUUUCACUCCACCUCCCUCGUCAACUCCCGGUUCCUCUGGCUCGGACAGUCCAACGUUAACAACCUGUUCGACGGAACGGCGAUUGCCCAAGCCUCCAUUUCCCUGGAUUCAGGAUCCUAGAUUUAGAAAGGACUAAGUCAGUUUGUCCCAAAGGAAGAGAACAGGGGUAGCAGAUUGGGGGAAGGAGUGGAGCGUUGUAAGUGGGUGUGCGGGUCACGCAGCGGGAGGCAUCCAAUUGACUAGGACUAGAACAAUGGAGGCUACGAGGAUCGAAUAGAAGUGUUGGAAGACCUCAAGCAUGAUGGUGAGAUGACAUCAGACCAUGCGGGAAGGAGGAGGAUGCAGGCGUCCUAGCAGAAGUCGGUGUGCAAAUUAAUGGAAGGCAACAGGCUAACAAGAAGAUCAGCUCGCUAGAAGCACUUAGCUUCAGGAGCUAAGGACCACGUUUCAGUACAUGGACGGAUCACAGCAAGAACCACGUACGCUUUUGAGCUGACUAUCAAGGUCCAAGGUUGCUGAACUGGUUAUCAAACAUUUACGAACUAGAGUCGCAAGUCAUACUUACAAUAAAUCCAUAUGAAACUUAUGUAGAAACUACUGAAGUUACCCGCAAAGUUUGAAUAUUUGACAUUAGAAGGCAAGUGACAACUGACGUUUGCCAUCAUGUUGGAACGUUUGACAUGCAAAAUCAUCUGGAAACUUCCGACGUUUUCCUGCAAGGAUUUGCCAUGACCUGUAGUAUCACGGAUUGAUAAGUGCAAAACUUAGGUAUGCUCAGGGGCUGAGUUAAAAACAGUUACAUUGAUGUAUCGACGUAUCGUAACCUCCAAGUUAUUCUGGAUGGAAUUAACGUGGUUUUGACGUGAUAUUUAUAGACAUAGCCCCCCUGGUUUCGCCACUAGUGAUCAAAGUUCUGAGAGGAAAUGGUUCAUAAAGAAGAAAACGAAAGAAGAAGAAGAAUGAACCUGAAUACAACCGACCCGCCAAGGGCAGUAAGUUUUUUCCUGUUUCUAAAUACUCGUUCCCUGACCGCUGAAAAAAGCCUUAAUUUCGAUAUCCGGACUUAACAUGUCCAUUAAAUGAAUGCAAGCAACGUUUAUCAUUGUGGUCACGUUGCUACGAUUGAUUUUCAAGUCAAAUGAAUUCAUCUAACGUUUGUCGUCAUGUUGGAACAUUUGAUAUUUCAAGUCAAAUGAACACUACUGACGUUACCCGUCCAGUUAGACUGGAAAUUUACAGUCGAUGAUUACAACUGACUUGAACUGACGUUUGUUUUCCUGUUGGGACUCAAGUGAUAACGACUGACGUUUAUCGUUCAGAUAGAACAUUUGCGAUGUGAAGACAUGUGAGGCCACUACUAAUUUUUCGCGUGUCGGUAGAACCCGUUUCGUAAUGUAAGUCAAGCUCUAGCCAAAGAAAAACGUGUGAAUGUAAUGAUAUUCUUGUACAUAAAAUGUAAAUGUUAUAUUAUUUAUUGAAUAAGACAGGUUUGAGUAAGAAAGUGUUGUAAGUACUAUCAUAUAAGACAGACCAGUAUUAAUACGAAUUGGUUUCAGUUGGGAAGUGAAAAUGUGUUAUGUUUUAUUAUUUUGGUUACAAAGAGACUCAUUUAUAGUUGUUCAAAUGAAGCAAACUAAAUUUGUUAAAGGUUUUUUUUUAUUAAGACCUAUGAAAAUUAUUAGUCAAUAAAAAUCCAAAAAGUGCAAUAUCAGGAUUACUUAUGAACAUUCUUUUAGCAUGCUUCUAUGAAAAACCAUGAAGAUUUUGUGAACUAAAGUCCCUAAAGGUGUCAUUUAUCACGUCUGCCAACUUGAACAGUUAAAUUAUCGAAUACAACCUUUGUAUUGUGUGUGUGUGUCCUGAUGAUGGUGUGAUUUCCGAAAGCGCCUGGUCUUUUGCCAAUAAGGUGGUCGGUUGAAAAGAAAGCAGACCUAGUUCUCAACACCUAAGAGUAUUUAUGGGAAACCCUCGGAUCCAUAAACUUUAUGUUCGAGAGUGGCACAUUUUUAGCCAGUUCCAGGCCACUAGCCACUAUCUGCAACCGAUAAAGCAGGGGGGCAUUCAAACCAAAUCUAAAAUGGAAGAAGAGGUCGAGUGCCCCUCAUUUUUUUUUCUUGAAAUUUUUUAAUUUAGGAAAUUUUAUAAACUGUACGAUCUUCGAGUUUUAUAAGUUUCAAAAUCCAACACAACCAAUAUGGUGCCUUCCUGUAUAUUAAUAUUAGGGGUCACCCUGUUUAUUUUCGAGCCCUUUGUACUUAACUACACACUCAAUACCAGGUAGUUUAAUUACAUUUUUUUCAGGUGUACACACCUACUCUCUCUCUUAAUUAGAUAAUUCCAAUCGUUCUUUUUCAAGUAAAUUAAAUAAAUUGAAUAUGUAAUCUUAGGUAGGAUUUCCGGUAAUAUGUUGACUAAUUAUUUUUGUAUUUAGUUUUAGAACGUUUCCCAAAAUAAACUGCGGUUUUCCUGAAUCACUAUGGUUAACACCCGUCGCGAAUUUAUGUAAUUAAAUUUGCAAAAUACUGAUUAGGUAUUUUUUGUUGAAUAUCUGUAAUUGUUUUGAAACACCUAUGGAAUAGUUGUUGUUUUGCAAAUGUGGAAUGUAAAUUAAUUCAAUAAAUGAGAAUUCAUUCAUUUGUA